CUAGUUGUCGGAAGGUAAUCCAUUUUGCUUUCGUUCAGGAGGAUCGAGCAAAACAUUGAAUUACUGUUUUCAGAAAGAUGAGUGAUAACUGUGCGGUUAAAGAUGCGGAGACUAGAGAGAAAAAUCAUCACAGCGAAAGCAAUCUGACAGAAACUCUGACUGAUGGUUUUCUGGAUGCUUUCGUUCCCAGUUUGGAGAAUCUGAAAGAACGCCUUGGGGAACUAACACAAAAUCAAGGAAUUUUAAUUGAAACUAUGCAACAGGAAAAUGCAAAGUUUGCAGAAUGUCAUUCAGCAAGAAACCUCCUGGUCAUGCUUUCUUAUGUUCGAACUUAUCAUUCCAAGCUCACUAAAAUCCAACAUGAUAUGGAUGUAAUUGAAGACAGGGUUGUCAGAUUGCAGAAGAGAGCGAUGAAACUGAAAUCACAAAAGGAGAAAGAAGAACGUAACAAAGUUGAAGCACAAGAACGACAGUUAGAACUGGAACGACAACUCACCGCUAAAUUGGCAUCAGACCAUCCACAGUAGCAAGUUGUAGGACUGUGUGUGGCAAAAUACUAUAACUUAAAAUUUAUUGGUACUGCAAGAUCAAGAACACGGUUGAAUUAAGGACUACUGAUUAUCAGAGAUUGGUUCAAAUAAAAGGAAGCCACAUGACCAAAGGUUUAAAAAGACACUGACAUUGGGAAACGUCGCUCAGACAAACCGUCAGUGUAUGUCGAGAUCAGUAAAAAAUAGAAGAUGUUAAUUUACCUUUACCUUUAUAGAGCAUUUAAGCCAGAAUUUUGAAACAGGCAGGGGUGUACUCAUCUUAUAUUUACUAUAGAGUAAAAGCAGACUAAAAGAAAACAUGUUUAAGCAGAACACAA